GCAGUUGUACAGCUGGAGCUGAUCACGACGUGUCAGAAAAUUGUGUUAAUCCUUGUCGACUAUUGCAUUUUUGAGCCUAUACUUCGGCACAGUUAUGCUCAACUCAUUAAUAAGUGUGCUUUGUCAUACGUGCUAAGAGUGGAACUUCAGCAGAAUAUUUGCCGUGAACGCAAUUUCGCAAUUUUUGUAAAGAUUUUGAUUCUUGGAUGUGUCAAGGACUGCACACUGCAAAAAAGCGCUUUGCGAGGAGUUUUCAGUAAAACGGUCGACUUUGUUGAUUUCUUCGAGAUAACUUAUGGGGGCGUUAUCGAAAUUCGACCAAGUGCGAUUGUUGGCGUCAACGCUUACUUUCAAACAGUACGGGCCAGAGCCUCACAGUCGAGGGUCUUUGUCACGAAGAGCGGUCAACCUUCCAAGGACAAAGCCCAUGUGGAUGGCGCGUUUUUCAAGAAAUUGUGGCGUAUACUGAAGAUCCUCAUUCCAACGCCUUUCAGCACGGAGAUGUUUUAUAUGAUAUUGGUGGCCGUGUCGCUUCUAUGUAGGACUUACGCUGACGUCUACAUGAUCAUCACCGCAACAGGAAUUGAGGCGUGGUUUGGAAUAAGCGAGAUGAAGUUGCGAUUCCGUGAACGACUUACGAAACAUCUCUACAGCCAGUACCUGAAAGGCUUCACCUUCUACAAGAUGGCGAACUUGGAUAAUCGAAUCCUGAUAUGUAUUUUGUCCGAUCGUUCUCAGGAAUAUCAAAUUUUGGUGACGGACUGGCCCAUAGUCGACGUUUUGCUGUAUGUGUCUCGAAUUGGAAGUGCACUCGGUUGGAGCGCUCCAGUUAUUCUUUUCUCCUACCUUCUCGGAUCUGGCGUGUUCCUCACGUAUCUCAGAAGGCCGAUCGGACGGCUCACAGUGCAAGAGCAGGCACUAGAAGGCGAAUUCAGAUUUGUGAACUCUCGACUCAUUAUGAACAGCGAGGAAAUCGCGUUCUAUCAGGGCAAUGAUCGCGAACGGACAACACUAUUAGGCUCAUUCGCGAACCUUGUCAGUCAUCUCAGGAAAGAAUACUACAACUCCGGUCGAAUGAUGCUGAAACUCGCAGAAGCUCUUGGUCGCUUGGCUUUGGCUGGCCGAGAACUGACUCGACUCUCCGGAUUCACGACAAGGGUGGACACCUUGUUGAAUGUUCUGGGUGAUUUGACUAAU